AUGUCAGACACACUGAUACCAUUGAGUAUCUCUAAUGAAUACGUGCCAAUUGAGUAUCAUUAUAAAUUGGACAUCAAUCAUCAGAAACCCAACUUUAAUGGUGUUGCGAUAAUUACAAUUGGAAAAAACGACCAACAAACAAGUCAUGUGGACAAACAAUCUGAAGAAAAGCCUUUUAGUAUUACCUUGCAUGCCAAUAAAUUGGUGCUUACAAGUGCAAUAAUUGGUGAUAAGAAAUUAUCAAUCAAAUAUGACAAAUUGCAACAAAGAGUGACAUUUCUGAGUCCACAAACAUACUCCCAAUUAACCACUGAUAAUUGCUUGGUAAUGGAAGUCAAGUACAUGGGACAAAUUAAAACCAUCAAUACUUAUAAAGAUGAAACCCAAGGGUUGUUUAAAACCAAUUUUUUAGAUAACGAUAGUGGAAAAUCAGACAACUACAUUCUUACCACACAUUUUCAGCCAAUGGGUGCCAAACAAGUUUUCCCUAUUAUUGAUGAACUAACCCAUAAGCCAAUGAUAAAGUUAGAUUUGAAAACUUUGAAAAAAUUUCAAGUAUUCUGUAAUGGUGAUGAAAAUGAUGUUGUAUUCAACGAUGAUGAUGAAUGGAAAACAAGUAAGUUUGUUUACUCAAAACCCAUUCAUCCCGCUAUAAUGGGAUUUCUGGUUGGUGAUUUUACUUGGCAACUGAGUAAAACAGUAAAGACGAAUAAUAUUGAGGAUUCAGUUAGAGUAUAUGCGCCAUCGGGAGAGAUAUCCAAGACUAAUGUGGCUUUAAGAAUCAUUGAGAAAUAUUUACCCAAAUUGGAAGCAGUGUUUGGCAAAUAUCCAUUAAAUCAUAUAUAUUUCGUGGCCAUUCCAUUUUUAAAAGAUGGGGUGAUGGAGAAUUGGUCUAUGAUUAAUGUAAUUGCUCCCAAUUUGUUGAUUGACGAAAACUAUUCCAACAACCAAGAUGAGACCCAAUUAACUGAAUUGAUUGUUCAUGAAUUGGUCCACCAAUGGAUAGGAAACUGGGUUUCGUUUGAUAGUUGGAGUUGUUUGUGGUUUAAUGAAGCGUUUGCCACAUGGACGGCACGCAAGAUUAUUGGUGCAAAUACUACCCAUAGCAACGAUGAAAUGUUAUCUAGAGAUUGCUUUUAUGAUGAUGGUGAUUUUAAAAUAGGCAGCAUUUUUCAAUAUAUGGAACGCAACCAGAGCCCUGGUUUAAAUGCCACUACCGAAUCAAUAUUCAGUACUAAUAUUUACGAAAAAGGUAUAAUUCUUUUGAAUAUGAUUGACGGGAUUUUUGAAGCAGAAAGUAAAGAUUUCCUUAGAGAAUUCGCUACAAAAAUAAUUGAAGAAUACCAGUCAAAGUCAAUCAAAAUCUUUGACAUUUGGCAAAAAUUGAAUGACGACAUUUCGAUUGACUUACCAAGUUUUGUUUACUCUUGGACAAGAAGUAAAGGGUAUCCAUUAUUGAGAGUCACACAUCAAGAAACUGGUAAUAAUCCAUCGAAAAAGAAGAUUGCUAUUGAGCAACAUACUUAUUUCCAUAAUAUGACGACCAAAGAAGCUGCAAUCGAGGAUACUCCCUAUCAUAUUCCUUUAUUUAUCAAAGCCAAAACUACUGAUGGUAACGAAAACAACAAAAAAACUAAAUUGAUCAACUUAAUGAUGACGGAUCGAUCUAUUGAAUUAGAUAUUGACCACCAAUUGAUAAAUAUAAACACAGGCUAUAAAGGUUAUUAUCGGGUAUUGUAUGAUCACUUUGACGUUGAUAAUUUGUCGUUAAUGGAUCCAAAAGAUAUUAUAAUGAUAAUUUCUGAUUUGGGAACUGUCAUGGGGACUCCAAAUUCAAAUAGCAACGAUUUAAUCAAUUUUAUUUCUUUGAUGGGGGACUUGCUAAAAUCAAAAGAGUUUAAUUGGGAGAUAUGGGAAUGUGCCUUGAGUUAUUUGGAACCAAUUAUCGAUAUCUUGCGUCAUUUCAGCGAAUUUGAUAAAUUUAACAACCAAUGGUUAAGCAAAUUUACUGGUGAUUUAUUUAAUGCAAUCAAAUGGGAUAAUAAUUCCUUAGAUAAAAUCUCGAGAAAUCAGUACAAUAGCUUAGAGUGGAAAGUUAGAUCAUCUAUUUUGCAAUUGAAUAUCAAUAACACGAGCAGUACUGGUGAGGCAGCAUACAAAGCGGCCCAUAAAUAUUAUCAAAAUUUUAUGAACUCAGGUAUUAACAAGAAAUUUACACCAAAAGAGAUACUACCUGCUGUAUUCAAUGUUACCAUGAGCAAAGCCUCGAUGAAGGAAUAUAAAAAAGUUUUAGAGUUAGUUAAAAAUGCCAAUGUAUCUCUUUUGAAACAAACAAAUGCGAGCCAACAAGAUUUGCAGACGUUAAGUUUGACAAGUUUAUCGUUUGUGUAUGGUUCUGGUGCAGAUGUUGAGUUGGUUAAUAAAACUUUGAACUUUGUCAACAAUAAUAUAGAUUCCAAAUUGAUCGAAUUAGGAUUGAUUGGGUUCACAUUCACAAAUAACCAACGAGUGAUUGACCUUGUUUUCCAUUGGUUCAAGUUAAAUUAUGAUAACUGGAUUAUGAGGUCCUUACGUAAGGGAAGUGACUGGUCAAAACAAAUUGGAAUCACUACACAAAAUAUCAUGAAGAUGAUUAUUAUGAAAAUGAUGUCUAACAAUGAAGAAAAUAAAUUAAGAUUGAAUGAAUUUAUCCAAUUAAAAUUGAAAACUUUACCAAACCAUGGGUUAAAAGAAUUGGUUGAUGAUUGGCAUUUGGAAAAUGAAGAAAGUGUUAGAAUUGGCUCUUUCUAUAAUGAUUUAUGUGAUCACAUUUGUUUGAAAUAA